UGUGGGACUGUAUACUGCCAGUGGAGGAGACAUCUCAAUAUCUGAAGGAGUGGCAUUUGACCCUUGCCAGCUGACCCUCACCUGCAUCUCCACUGGUGGACCUGCUACCACUGUCACUUGGACCAGAGACUCCACCACUGUCACCCAAGGAACCCAGACUGUGUUGAAUGACCCAGUGACUGCACAGUACACCCACACUCUGACUGUGGCUGGGAGACAGGGAGGACUGUACAACUGUACUGUGAGCAACAAUAAACCAUCUGUGGUCUCUGAUACCUUGACUGUGAGAGUUGCCUCAGCUCCUACUAACCUGGUGUUUGAGGUUCAAAAGUGAUGGUACUAGUGUCCUACUGACCUGGACCCCACCUGAUCCACUGGGAGACACCACUGGCUACACCAUCUCCUACACUGGAGGAGGCAGCAGUGGUAGUGAGACUGUCAGUGGUGGAGAUACCAACAGCUACACUCUGACUGGUCUUAUAAGAGGGGAGAUGUAUGACAUAUCUAUUGUAGGCACAUCAGAACAUAUUUCCAGUGAGAGUGUGGAGUGGGAAACUGCCACUCAAAUUCCUGUUCCUGCAUGUGAAAGCAGUGGAUCAUCAUCAUCAGUAGCAGUAGCUGCUCUUGGUGGUGUGUUGGGAGUGGUGAUUGUGACUGCUAUAGCAGUGCAGGUUAUGGUGAUAGUCUUUUUCAUGAAGAAACUCCAAAGAGCUGAAAAAUGCACUACUACUGCUGCUGGGCCACUAAAGAGAGCUCCUCCUGAGUCAUUCAAGACCACCAGUAACGAGGCCUACAGUGCAGUGAGAGAAGAAACUGGAGGAAAUGAUGAUGCAUAUGAGACUGUCAUGCCUUAACCUUUCCCUUCC